GUUACCUAAUGCAUUUCAGCUGUGAUUUCCUUGUUAUGGAUUCGAUGAUUUGAGCUUUGUGAGUUUACGUUCAUAACAACAACUACUUAAUUUAACUAAUAAUCGCCGCGCAGUUGAUUUAGGUAACGUUAGUACAUUGGUUCAUAGUAUUUUAAGCAUGGCGUCAAGCGAAAGUUCCCUACGGAAAAUUCUGUCGAAGACUUAUAAAUACAGGGAUCUAACCGCACGCGACAUUACAAACGUGACGUCUCAUUAUAAAGAUCUUAAACCUGUGAUGGACAACUAUGUGUUCAAUGAUGGCUCCACCAAAGAGCUCUUGAGCCUCACAGGAACAGUACCUGUAAACUACCGAGGAAAUGUGUACAACAUUCCCAUCUGCCUGUGGCUUCUAGACACGUAUCCCUACAAUCCUCCCAUCUGUUUUGUCAAACCCACAAGUGCCAUGAUGAUAAAAACAGGAAAACAUGUUGAUGCCAAUGGAAAGAUUUACCUCCCAUACCUGCACGAAUGGAAACCUCCCCAGUCUGAAUUGUUAGGACUAAUCCAGGUGAUGGUUGUAGUGUUUGGAGAGGAACCACCUGUGUUCUCACGGCCGGCUGCUCAGGCAACUUACCCAGCAUUCCCAGCAGCAGGCCCACCUAACACUUCUUACAUGCCAGGCACCCCAGGGUUGCCUUAUGGUCAAGGUCACUCUGCCAGUCCAGGUGGAUUUCAGGGCUACCCUUAUCCUGCAGUAGGCCCUGGAUACCCCACUACCUCAGGCUCCUCUCUCUAUACCCCAGCGUCUUCUGUCACUACAGUGGGACCAACCCGUGACGGUACCAUUGGGGAGGACACAAUCCGUGCAUCUUUGGUGUCUGCAGUCAGUGACAAGUUGCGCAGGCGGAUGAAAGAAGAGAUGGAUCGAGCACAGGCAGAGCUGGAUGCACUGAAAAGGACAGAGGAGGACCUGAAGAGAGGCCACCAGAGGCUGGAAGAGAUGGUGACCAAACUAGACGUGGAAAUGGCUGAUGUGGACAAAAACAUUGAACUCCUUAAGCAGAAAGAUAAGGAGCUGUCUGCUGCUCUGGAAAAAAUGGAGAACCAGUCUGAGAAAAAUGAUAUUGAUGAUGUGAUUGUGCCCACCGCUCCUCUCUAUAAGCAGAUUCUGACUCUCUACGCUGAAGAAAACGCCAUAGAAGACACUAUCUUCUACUUGGGUGAAGCGUUGCGCAGAGAUGUCAUUGACUUGGAUGUCUUUCUCAAGCAUGUCCGCCUUCUCUCCAGAAAACAGUUCCAAUUGAGAGCCCUGAUGCAGAAGGCCCGGAAAAUAGCAGGCCUCAGUGACCUGUACUGACUUGCCUAAAUAAAUCAUUCCCCCUCUCAGCUAUAACACGUGCACUAUAUGACAAGGACCCUAUAUUUUAUCCAAGAACAAGAGAUUCGGGACCCUCCUUCUAAAUCACAGUCUUUCUAAAUAUAGAAAGAUGUGGCUAAUAUAUCCAGGACCAAAAAUAUUCAAGUUUACAUUCAUAUAAUCAUUAUUACAAAUAGCAAGUGCAUUGAAUAUAUCUUUAUUACGUAAAAAAUGAAGUGACCUUUGAGGUUCUUGCCUUCGCAGAAAACAAUGGAAGGAAAUCAAACAUUUGCGAGAGAGAUUUUUUGCUCAGCUAUGGAGCUUAGCGUAGCCUUAUAAAAACAGCAACCGUUGCACUUUUUGUGACUUGUGCCUCAUAGUCUUUUUUCAGAUAUAGGGUAAAGGGAAAGUUUGAGAAUUACAUUUAAUAUCCUCAACCUGAAUGUCUUAUUUUUAUAUUGUUUACUUUCCAAAUAUGUACCUGUACUGAAUAAUCCUCUUAAAAUCAGCACUUUGUUUUAUUUUUUAGAUGAGUUAGUAAAUCUUAACAUCUCAGAAUCUAAUUAUAUCGUUAUGAAUGCUUUAUCAUUAUCGUUGUCCACUACAUAACACACUUCUGCAGUCCUGCUUGUGAUUUAUACAUGUUGUCAAUCAUAACAUUCUUAUGUACAGUUGUUAUGCAGUCAGUUUACAAGAAUGUGCUGGGUAUUCAUGCAGAUUUAAUGACAAGAAUAUUACGCAGGUAUUUUGAGACUGAACUUGUAUAUCUGUUUUAGAUGUGAUGCAUAAAACCUCAAAGUAUGAAGGGAACAUUUUCUUUGCAGAGAUAUUUGGAGUACUGUUUGAUUGCUGGUAUAAUCAUAGAUGAAGUGUUGUACUUACAAUCAAGGGAAACGAGGAAUAACAAAAUGAUGGUGCAGUAUCUCUUGGAGGUAUAAGGGUAUUUAAAAAAAUGAAUAUCUGAAAUAAAAACAUGAAAAACUCUUU